AUGUUUAAUACAUCAAAGGCUCUGAUUUGUAGACUUCACAAAUCAUAAAUUUGCAUAGGUUUUUGUGUUUCCAUAAAAUGCCCUUAAAAUUCUAUCUAUUGUUAAUUAUGUUUAGAAGAAGAUCAUUCGGAUCAUAUGGAAAGUUGCAAAGAAUUUGGACAAAUAAUCAAAGACUUAUCAAUUUCUAUCAAAGAAAAAAAGAAUCACUUAGACAAGAUCAGAGAAAAAUAAAUUCAAUUAAGUCAAUUAAACAGACAUUAAAUUGAAGCCUAUGAAAAAUAAAUAGAAGAUUUUAGAAAUAUUUAAGGAAAUUUAUCGAAGUAAAAAUUGAAUUCUUUUUCAAAUGAAUAAAUCAUAAUGUUAAAAGAGGAAUUUUAACAAGAUAGAUAACUAGAUGAUUGUAAAUUUAAUAAAGUAUUUAGUAAAUAAGUUAAAUUAAAUGGAACACCUAAUUUAAUCUUUAGAAUUAACAAAGAAGGUUCGCUUAACUAAUGA